CGUUCUUACUCGAACUUCGUUUCUUGACCUACACGUGCACGCUAGCAAACAAUAUGCAGACAGUCAACUCAAACUUCGACAAUCUCUCAUCGGCCUCAGACAUCAUUGAUGCACUGCAGAACAUCCUGCGCUCACAAGUUUUUAUGCCAGACCUCGAUAUCCCAUACUCCCGAGCUAGCGUCCCGAAUAUCAACCACCCUACCAUCGAGCCCAACAGUGAGAGCAUCAGCGCCAUCCUCACCGAACGUCAGCAGCAGCUAGAUGCAGUGUUGCGCGACAUCUCAGGUCUGGAAACGGUCAUAGAUGGCAUCAAAAUUUUGCACCAGCAACUCGUUGAUCGAAAGGAGAAGAUCAUCCAGUCCAUGACUUUCCACAAGGGACUCAGAUCGGCUCUCUGGCGCUUGCCAACUGAAGUCUUAUCCCAAAUUUUUCAUCAAUGUCUUCCGGAAGACAAAUACUUGUCACCCGCCUCAAACCGGGCCCCCAUGCUGUUGACCAGAAUAUGCCGACCAUGGAGGGAUGUUGCUGUGGAUAUGCCUAGUUUAUGGUGCAGGUUGCAUGUGAACAUUAACAUCAACAAAGUUGGGCAAGAAGAAGAAGAGGAUUUCGACGACAGCGAUUAUAGCGAUGACAGUGACGACAGCGACUGGGAAGAGUCAGUUGUAGAAGUCGACAGAGCCUGGCAGCGAGCAGCUUUCUGCUAUGACUCAUGGCUCAAGCGAUCACAAGGACAUCCGCUCUCAUUAGUGCUCGGAUACUACCACUCAACCUGGCUCUUAAGAAGCCUUCUUCAGCCAUACAGCAAUCAAAUCCUGUCUCUCUCCAUAAAUUUUUCCCGACGAGCGGACGGGGUAGAAUCUUUGUUAAAAGACGUGCCAGCACUUCAAGAGCUGGUCACAAUAUGGAUGGGGAAUUCUACCAUUCUGACUAUGGCACAAUCUAUCUCACAAAUUCCGUCUACAAUGCGCGUUCUCGAUGUCAUGAAUUUGCCGUUCAACAUCCGUGGCGUAUCUUCUCUCAAUCCCGUAUGGGCCCACCUGACACAGGUCAAGAUCAACCUAACUCAUCCGGAUGCAUUUCUCCACUUGCUCCGUCUAUGUCCCAACCUCUCCUCUUUGACGGUUCUUACAAUAUUCCACGACCAACGGACCUUGGAGCCAUUCACACACACCAACAUCCAAUCCUUGUACAUGUCUUAUCAUAACUCUCGAAUGUUCCUAAUUUGUUUAGCUGGCCUGUUCGAUGCUUUAUCAUUCCCCAAUUUGCGUGUGUUUGAGGCUUACUGCGCUUAUAAUAGUGCAUGGCCUCAUGAGCAGUUGAUGAAUCUUUUUGCACGGUCAAAGUGUCCCCUGGAGCGCCUGAUUUUCGGUGGUCGGGUGACAGUGACGGAUGUGCCGCGAGCAGAGUAUGUUGCCCUUAUUCCUUCCCUCGACGUAGUAGUAAAUGUAUAA